GCUCCUCCCUCUGCGCGCCGGCGCGUGCGGAGCGACUGCGCUUGCGCGGGGCGGGACCGGCGCAUCGGGACCGGGGCGGGCCCCGGGACUCAGCAUGGCGGGCCGGGGCCGCGGCCGGGGCCGGGGCCAGAUGACGUUCAGUGUGGAGGCCGUGGGGAUCGGGAAGGGGGACGCUCUGCCCCCGCCCACGCUGCAGCCCUCGCCCCUCUUCCCGGCCCUGGAGCGCCGCGCCGCGCCCCUGCCGGGGGGCGAGGAGAGCGAGUACAUGCUGGCCCUGAAACAGGAGCUGCGAAGGGCGAUGAGGGGGCUGCCUUACUUCGUCAAACCGGGGGCACCCCGCAGAGACAUUGAGCGCUACUCAGACAAAUACCAGCUCUCCAGCCCUAUGGACAAUGCCAUCGACUGGAACCCAGACUGGAGGCGGCUCCCACGAGAGCUGAAGAUCCGGGUGCGGCGGCCAAGGAAAGGCAGGACUGCUUCCCUCAUCCGCAAGCAACACGUGGCACUCGACAAGGAGGAGACUAUUAAGAAGCUGGAGAGCCUGGAGAAGAAGGAGGAGGAGGUGACAUCAGAGGAGGAAGAGGAGAAGGAGGAGGAGGAAGAGGGAAAAGAGGAGGAGGAGGAAGAGUACGAUGAGGAGGAGCACGAAGAGGAGACCGACUACGUCCUGUCCUACUUUGACAACGGGGAGAGCUUCGGCCCUGACAGCGAUGAUAACGGCGAUGAGGCAGUGUACUGACCCUGAGAACGGGUACCUCCAAGAGCAGGCACCCCCAGGCCGUAGGGAACCCCGAGAGUGGGGACCCUUCUGCAGCAGCGGGGACACACUGAAAGCGGCGACUCCCACACGACAGCGACCCCUUGCCCCACCCACAGGACGGUGUGACCCCAGUUAGCAGGGGUCCCCUCAGCUUCCCAGGACAGUUGGGACCCCCCUCACCUGGAAGCAGAGCCCCUCUUACCCCUCGGGGACUUUGGGGUCCCCUGUGCUCCCGUCAUUGCUCCGUGCCACCACGAGGUGGCGCCGGUGCUUCAGGGCAGGGGUUGGGGCGGGACCCUCCAAUUUUGGGAAGCUCCGGGGCCCCAAGCGGGGUGAGGGAGACACGGGGGGGAUCGCGCUUUUUUGGGUGGCUUUUGGUGGGCUAGGGAGUCCCCAAACGUGCCUCGGCCACCCUCUGACCAACCCUGCCACCCUCCUUUGGCAGCAACUUCUUAUUUCCUUUUGUGCUUUUUUAAAACUAAUUUCGCAUGGAUUGAAGUGGAUGUUGGUAUUUCUGGUUCAGCUGUGGGUGCUUUUUGCGUGGUUGAGGUUGGAUAAGGGGGUUACCAGGGACAAAGAGGGACUGUAAAGGGGAAAAGGGUUUUUUGGGGAGUGAAAGGUGGUUUUUUGAGGUGGGAAAUGUGUUUCUUUGAUGAAGGAAAAGGUGGUAUUUUGUAAAGUAAGGUUUUAUGGGGAGAGAAAGGUGGGGGGGGGUUUGGGGUGGAAAAUGUGGUUUUCAGAAAAUAAAGGUUUUUUUGCAGAGAGAAAGGUAUUUUUUGGAAAAGGUUUAUUUGGCUGGGCAAGUGGAUUUUUUGGGAGGGAAAGGUACGGUUUUUUUUAGGAAUUAGUUUUUGGAGGGAGAAAAGGUGGAUUUGGGGGGGGGUUUCGAGGGGAGAGGGUUGGAUUUUUUGUUUUUUUGGUGGGGAGAAAUGGCUCUUUUUGGAGCGGAGUGUUUUUGUGGGGAUAAAGGUGUUUUGGGGAAGGGCAAUGUGGGUUUUUUUAUGGAGGAAGGAGUAUUGUUCUGGGACAGGGGUGUGUCUGUGGCUGCUCACAUGAGAGUCACAUGCUGGCCCCCUCUCCCCCCCCCCCAGGCCGGUUCCUGUUUGUGGCUGUGAACAUUCCAGCAGUUCUGCACUUCCAGCUGCUCUCAUGCCAUCCCCAUUUUUAUCCCUGUUUCUCUUUUUCUCCCCUCUUUCCAGCUGUCUGUGGGAACCAUGGGACUCCCAUCUGUAGCCCCCGGGGGUGGGAUCUGCCCCCCCCAGCUUGGGGAAGGAUUUGGGGCUGGAUGAGGUGCCCAAAUCCCGUGGGUACGUGUCACCCCCGUCAGCUGCGUGCCUCAGUUUCCC